AAGAGAAGGAAGCCGACAGAGGGGGGAGAAAAAAGGCAGGGACAGCGAGAAAAUAAAGGACAGAAUUAACUACGAUUGCACAGAAUCUUUUUUGGACUCUUUGUAAUUCGUGUUGAGGCUAGUUAGCGCAAUGGAUAGGGGAGGGGUUGAGGAUUUCACUGGGGAGGGGGGGGGGACUUGAGCAGGAGACUAGAAUGAUGUCCCGCCUACACCUGCCUGGUCUGUAUCUCAGUGUUUGGGAGGAAGACAGGCUGAAAGAUGGCCUGGUAAACAGACAGCUGUAUUGAAUGACAGACAAGCUCUGAGUCUGGUGAGAAAGACAGACAGACAGGAAGACGGGUACACAGCCCAAGUGUCAGGCAGAGAGCCAGGCAGACAUCCAGUGCCGGCACAGUAGACGGCGCGCAAAUCAUUGUCAUUCUGUGCAGAGCGUGAGAGGAAGGCAGAGAGCAGGAAAGAAAGCAGAAGAGCAUCCUGGUGGUUGUAGCUUCUGGAGAAUCUCAGUCAGUGCUGUGGCAAGCUCAUGCACUAAAAAAAACCCAAACAAGCAGUGAGGGAGGGAGGGGGGGCUGUUACUAGAAGGGAAAUACAGGUUGGGGAGAGGGAGAGCGAGAGGGACGGAGGUAAAGAAACAGAGGGAGAGAGCAGGUGUCGGAAAUCCUCCCCUUCAUCUGCUUGUCAUUUACUCCUUUAUGCUCUCUCGUCGUCUGCCGAGGUGAUUGGUUUUCUGUUACCGCCGUUCCUCUGCUUACGGGCCCACUGCAAUCCCGAGGAAAACGAGAGGUGGGCAGACAGAGGAAACCAGAAUAAGACAGCGAAAAAAAAGGAAAAGGUGGAGCCUUUUCUGAUUGACUCAUUUUCACCCGUUCCUUUUGUUAUUUGUCGAGGUGGGCUCUUGUUAUUUUUGUGUUUGCUUUUUUUAAAAGUCAGAGAUAGAAAGAAGAAAAACACACCUGCCCAAUCGAUCCCCCGUACAUCCUCUUUGUACACAAGAAACAAACUUCUUUUUCCACCAAUUGUUGAUUUCUUGCCUUGCCUAUCGGGAUUAUUUUCUCUUCUCAGUAUAAACACGGGAUUGCUCCAGAUUCCUCCUGAAUGUCCUCACACCCACUGACACAGUGUGAACUCCUCUGACUCCCCCCACGCCCCCCCACCCUUCACCCCCUUGGCUGAAGCGCUAAAACUCUGUGGUCUCAGAUCUCAGUGCCUGUGUUGACUCACUACUACAGUGAUAAUAUGGCACGGCGCUUCUGAUACCGUCUGAUUCAUUCUGUGGCGGUACAGGCAGCCAGCAGACCAUUCUCCAUGAGGAGCAGUAGAAGAUGCCGGCUCUGCCAGCACUGCUGCUGUCAAUACACUUCCUCUCCUUCCUGCUAGUCACCAUGCCGCCACGCUCCCUCAGUCAGGCCCCUCUGCUCUCCUCUGUCCGCAUGGCUGCAAUCCUGGAUGACCAGUCUGUGUGUGGGCGUGGGGAGCGGCUGGCGCUGGCCCUGGCCAGGGAGAACAUCAACAGCGUGAUGGAGGGUCCAGCUCGAGCCCGCGUGGAGGUGGACAUAUAUGAGCUGCAAAAAGACUCCCAGUACGACACUACAGACACCAUGUGUCAGAUUCUACCCAAAGGCGUUGUCUCUGUGAUAGGUCCCGCCUCCAGCCCCGCCUCUGGCUCUACUGUCAGUCACAUAUGUGGGGAGAAGGAGAUUCCUCAUGUAAAAAUUGGACCCGAGGAAACUCCUCGCCUGCCGUACCUGCGCUUUGCGUCUGUUACUCUGUACCCUAGCAACGAGGACCUGAGCCUGGCCAUUGGAGCCAUCUUGCGCUCAUUCAGCUACCCCUCAGCCAGCCUGGUCUGCGCCAAGGCUGAGUGCCUGCUGAGAUUGGAGGAACUGGUUCGCCGCUUUCUCAUCUCCCGGGAGACCCUGUCAGUCAGGAUGCUAGAUGACAACCUGGACCCUACGCCGCUGCUGAAGGAGAUCCGUGACGACAAAGUGGCCACGAUCAUCAUUGACGCCAACGCUUCCGUCUCCUAUCUCAUCCUCAAGAAGGCGUCAGAGCUUGGGAUGACAUCAGCAUUUUAUAAGUACAUCCUCACCACAAUGGACUUUCCCCUGCUGAGACUGGAUGACAUAGUCGAUGAGCAGUCCAACAUUGUCGGCUUCUCCAUGUUUAACACCACCCAUCCCUUCUAUUUGGAGUUCAUCAGGAGCCUCAAUCUGUCUUGGAGGGAGGGCUGUGACCUAACGUACCCCGGCCCUGCGCUUUCUUCAGCGUUGAUGUUUGACGCUGUGCACGUGGUAGUGGGGGCAGUGAGGGAACUGAACCGCAGUCAGGAAAUUGGAGUGAAGCCACUCAGCUGCACCUCACCUCAGAUCUGGCAACACGGGACCAGUCUUAUGAACUAUCUGCGCAUGGUGGAGUACGAUGGUUUGACAGGGCGAGUGGAGUUUAACAGCAAAGGUCAGAGGACCAACUACACCCUGCGGAUCCUGGAGAAACACAGAGGAGGCCACAAAGAGAUCGGUAUCUGGUACUCAAACAACACCCUGGCAAUGAACUCCACCAGUCUGGAUAUUAAUGUCUCAGAGACGCUGGCAAACAAGACCCUCAUUGUCACCACCAUACUGGAGAACCCAUAUGUGAUGCGUAAAGACAACUACCAAGACUUCCAGGGAAAUGACCAGUAUGAGGGCUUCUGUGUUGACAUGCUGAGGGAACUGGCAGACAUCUUGAAAUUCUCCUUCAAGAUCAAGCUGGUGGAUGAUGGCCUGUAUGGGGCCCCAGAGCCCAACGGCUCUUGGACUGGCAUGGUUGGAGAGCUAAUCAACAGGAAAGCAGACCUGGCCGUGGCAGGUUUCACCAUCACAUCAGAAAGAGAGAAAGUUAUCGACUUUUCUAAGCCGUUCAUGACCCUGGGGAUCAGCAUCUUGUACAGAGUUCAACUGGGUCGGAAGCCCGGUUAUUUCUCCUUUCUCGAUCCCUUCUCUCCAGCCGUCUGGCUCUUCAUGUUGCUCGCCUACCUGGCUGUCAGCUGUGUGCUGUUCCUGGCUGCAAGGUUAAGCCCCUACGAGUGGUACAAUCCUCACCCAUGUCUUCGUGAGCGCAGAGACAUGCUGGAAAACCAGUACACUCUGGGAAACAGCUUGUGGUUCCCUGUUGGAGGCUUCAUGCAGCAGGGAUCAGAAAUAAUGCCCAGAGCUUUAUCCACCAGAUGUGUUAGUGGAGUGUGGUGGGCUUUCACCCUGAUCAUCAUUUCCUCCUACACGGCCAACUUGGCGGCCUUCCUGACCGUCCAGCGGAUGGAGGUUCCCAUUGAGUCUCCAGACGAUUUGGCCGACCAGACGAACAUCGAGUAUGGCACGAUCCACGGCGGGAGCACCAUGACCUUCUUUAUGAACUCAAGGUACCAGACCUACCAGCGGAUGUGGAACUACAUGAACUCCAAGCAGCCUAGCGUAUUUGUGAAAAGCACGGAGGAAGGCAUCGCCCGUGUGGUCAACUCCAAGUAUGCUUUCCUGAUGGAGAGCACUAUGAACGAAUAUCACCGUGGCCUGAACUGUAAUCUCACACAGAUCGGAGGCCUGCUGGACACCAAGGGUUACGGCAUUGGCAUGCCACUAGGAUCUCCAUUCAGAGAUGAGAUCACACUGGCCAUCCUCCAGCUGCAGGAGAAUAACAGGCUGGAGAUACUAAAGAGGAGGUGGUGGGAGGGAGGCCAAUGUCCCAAAGAGGAGGACCACCGUGCCAAGGGUCUGGGCAUGGAGAACAUUGGGGGCAUCUUCGUUGUGCUGAUCUGUGGCCUCAUUAUCGCUGUGUUUGUGGCCAUUAUGGAGUUUGUGUGGUCGACACGCCGCUCGGCAGAGACUGAUGAGGUAUGCCCCCAUACCUGCCCUCGCCGACCCCACAGACACACCCCAGUGUCUGUCUGUCAGGAGAUGAUCACAGAGUUCCGAAACGCCGUCUCCUGUAAAAAGAGCUCUCGAAUGCGCCGCAGACGGCCCCUGAGCAGCUCAGCAGCCUUGCGUCACCCUACCCGCAUUGCUCUGGGGGCCCCUCGGCCCCUGCGCCUGGUCCGGGAGAUGCGGCUCAGCAACGGCAAGCUGUACAGCGGAGCUGGCCCCCUGACAGGUGGAGCUGGAGGGGGAGCCGGAGGAACGGGGCAACCAGAUCUGGGCCCUGGGCCCCAAAGGAUCCUAGAUGAUCCGCUUGGAGCCAACACCACCCCACCUCCACCUGCCCCCACCCCUGUGAUGCUGCCUGCGCGCAGCUGCACCCACGUGAGGAUCUGCCAGGAGUGCCGAAGGAUCCAGAGCCUUAGAUCAGGUAGCAGUAUAGGAUCAGCGUCAACAAGAAUACCCCCUUCAUCCGCCCCCCUGCCCCGGAUACCUCCACCCCCACCCCCAUCCUCGUCCAAUACAGACAGUGAGGGUGGAGGCGUGCCCAGCCCAAGGCGACUACAUCACAGCCCCCCAGCUCAUACCCCUCGACCCAUUCCACCUCCGCAGAGCAGCAACACCUCAGACCUUCUUGGGGACCAGGACUGAGGAAUGAAGCGAGUGAGGUAGAGGGGUGAGAUAUAUGGGUGAGGGACAUUUGUGCUGCUUAGAAAAAACACUGUUUCCACUGAUCAGAUUCAUCCGAGAACUGAAAUGUUUGAGAUGAGGGAACAAAGGAGUAAAAAAAAAAGAAAAAAAAAGAAAAAGGAGUUGAACUCAUGAUAAGGCCAGCCAACACGGAGCGAGAACGAGAAGAAACAUGGGGGACCAAGACUUCAUCCACUUCAGAACUGAAGACACAGAGAGGUGGUCAUCGGUUAAGUGUUUGCAUUUGGCUAAGAAGAACAGUUCAGUUUGGAUAAAAGAGAGAGGAGAUGCACAUGACCACGCGUCAGUGCCCGCUGGCCUCCUUUUGUCUCCUUACUCCCCUUUCGUGUCACUUCUCAUUUGAGGGUCCUGGUUUUCUUUCACGGACACUUCACUGGAAGCUAACCAGCCCUUUACUGAAAUGAAGCCUUGCUGGUGGACAUACUGUAUCUGUAUGUGGUUUUAAAACAGCAACUGACUUCCAGAGAAUUUAUUCCUGAUGUUUUUUUUCUGUUGUCUUUUUGUUACCAUUGUUCUAAGUGGGAAUUUCAGAGUUAAAUAACAGACUACGUGUGACAAUAUGGUGGAUUAUAACAUACCAAGACACUUGACAACAGCUAAUUGUGUUCGAGAGUUUUGUGCCCCUCCCUGUGCCCCAUAGCUGCUUUUUGGAUGGGAUCGGGGAAGCUGGAUGAAACGACUUCAAGGCAACGUAAUGCAAACGGUAGCAGAGAAAACUGUUGGUCUGCCUUUCUUUACACUGUGUGUGCGUGUGUGUGUGUAAAAUUUGUGCUUCCUGUAAGUCUGUCCGUAACUGCUCAAAACGAGGAGAACCGUGUACCCAGCAACAGCUUCUUUCUACCAAUGUUAGAUAUUCAGACCGACACAAAAAGGGAGAGAGAGGGAGCGAAUGAGCGAGCGAGCAAGAGGCUUUGAAAUGUGAAAUUAAUGUCCCUCGUUAUCCUGGGUAACGCUUGCCAAGCCCUUACUUCUUUUUCACCUCUGUUCACACCAUGUAGACAAGAUAGAGAGACUGGGCGAGUCAGAGACAGAGAGGCAAGAUAGAGACGAGCAGGAAAAGAGGAGGUGGAAAGAGCCAGAGAGUUAAAAAAGGACACUACUGAAUUUGAAUAAGAAUUCCCUCACUGAACUACUUCCAUUAUUAGAUCUGUCCUGAUCUGUUAAUUCUGGGCAUCUUUUAAGGGGCUUGUUAAUGCGCCAGCAGACUAUAAAUGCGGCUUCCUCCCAUCUCUCUGUUCGACAGGCUAUCUUGGCCGUCCACAGCAGCGGCUCCUGCCAGUAUGAUAGACUCAACACAGCCUUGUCAAUACCGUCUCAAGCUUUUGAUCACCUAAUUACUCCCCUCAGUGGCUGGGGACCCAUUCAGGAGGGGGUCGAAUGCAGGGAAACGCGCUGAUAAAUAGAUGUAGAAGAAAUGUUUUUUCUCUCUGGCUGGGAAGCGAAUCUGUUUUAAUUAUGUUGUUAAUGUUAUAGCCUUACAGUUUUGUGAAACUCCAAUGAAAACAGACUCUAGUGUACAAGCAAAGUGUGCCUAAAGGGAGAAAUACUGGUGGGUUUGCAUGUUUUUGCCCUUUUGCUUUAAAACUUGUUCAGUUUUUGCUCAACAUACAAGACCUUUUUAGACCAGCUUCAACAACUGUGGCACAAAAGACAUUACAUACAACAGUUAUCAGUCUGGAUUUUUUAAUUGUCAACAAAUUGCAGUUCAACUAGGGGACAUGUUCCUUUGUAUCGACCCUGUUAAAUACUGACUGCAACAACCAGUGCCUGAAAAUAGUCCCCCAGUAAAUAUAGCCUUUACUAUUCUUUCUCCAACAUCUGCUAAAAACUGCAGUUCCCAGCUGUGUUGCCUUUUUAAAAUGGGACUGCACUCCGUGUUUCAGCGGGAAUAUAGACAUUGUUUACUAAUUCUCCAUCUUCCUCUAUUUGUGGGCACUGCCGCCGUCGUAUUCACUCAGAUGCAGUGUAGUGCUCGGCCUGUUGUGGUCUAAUGGAAAAAAAAAAAAUCAGACCAGCUUUAUGUCAGCAGUAAAUCCAAUUAUUUACAUGAAUGCGAGAGAGGCAGCAGGCGUGUUGUUCUCCUUAGAUCAAAUAUAAGCGUAAUUAAUUUUACACGCUGCCACGGUAUAGUGUAUGUAUACCUCUGCCGAACAGUUCAUGUUAUGUUUGCAUGAUUAAUGCAGACAUAUUACUCAGAAUGUUAAUGUUCCAUUAUUAUCAUGUGCAGCAUUUGCAUUUUCUACAGGUCACUGACUCGAUGUGCAUUGAACCUGUUGCCCAGUCAGUUUCCAAAUUAAUCCCUGCUGAAUGAUUCUCUACUUAGUGGACUGGGGGCGUUCGAUACACCCACUUAGUUGUGGUUAGUGUACUUACAGUGACAGUUGUAAUAAAGUCUUUCUGGAACACCAACAUUCAAGAUGUAAGAGUUAGCAAAUGCAACGGUUAUAGUAUAAGACAGCGUCUGUGUUUUGUUAUUGGGUUUCUUCACAGAUUGAUUUCCUGACAGAGUUUAUGAAUGUAAUGCUUUAGAAGCUGAUUCCUAAUUGUUGGAAAACACAGUGUCCCCGCUCCCUGCCCGCAUCAGUAUCUUUCUUUUUUGUCUCCCUCUUGCCCGUAGUUUGGAAUUGCCGUUCUCCAACGUAAAGAUGUGUCCCCUAUUAUCUUCCAAAUCCCAACUGCAGCAUCCCAUAACCAGCAGUAAUGCUAAGUGUGUAAGAUAAUGUGCAAAGCCACCAGUUCACCCUUUACAAAUCCCUCAGAAAAAUGAAGGCAUUGUUGUCUAGACUAACACUGCAUUGCUAUAUAAUGUUAUGCAUUUUGCGGGGAAGCAGGUUUGUUGACACUGUUGUGCUCCAGAUAACGAAUGAUAACAUUGUUUGCACACAUUAUGCCGUUUCUUGUUGAAUGAUUGCUGUCAGCAGAAGCAGGCUUGAUUUGAUGCCUCUCUCUCUCUCUCUCUGUUUACUUCUGCCUUUGUGUCCAGAAUGCUGACAGGAGCGAACCUUUUUCACAAAUCUUUACAGCACACACAAACAAAAACACACUCAUCCGCUACGCCUUCGUCUCCGAUUCCUUUGUUGUCUAAAGGCUGUAAACCCACCGGUUGUUUGUUGUUUUCAAAGUUGUCUUCUGAGUUUCUUUAAUGACUUCCAUGGUUCAUACAAGCUCCGGAAACCUGAUGUGUGACAGUACCACACAGCCAUCAAGUGGCCACAAACAGCUUUAAACCAUCAGCUGAAAGCAUUUACAAGCUGCGGUGCAUUAUUGUGGAGAAGCGAGAGGAAGGUACAAGCCCUAAAAAAUACAUUCAAAAAAAAAAAAGCCAAAAUAUUGCUAGUAUUAAUCUAAAUGGGAAGGGAGGGUCACAAAACAGAUCCAAUGGGAUGUCUGAACAUUCACUCCACGAAACAAACAUUUGUUUACUUUUAUGUUGCUUUCUUUGGUAUUUUUUCAUAUUUCUAUACUAGUGCUAAAUGGAUUAUUAAAACUAAUGACUAUUAUGAUGAAAUUGUUAUUAUUACUAUUGAAGACGAGAGGCUCUGUGGUGUGUGUGUGUGUGUGGGUGAAGGGUGGAGGAUGGGAGGUGUUGGGAUGAAGGUGAAAUGAUGUUCUUCAGAGCCCGCCCUGUUGUUCAAACCUAUAGACAGACAGACUUCUUUUGGAAUAAAAAUAUUCAA